UGCUCGCCCCCCAGUCUGCUUCCUUUCGCUUCUUGACCUCGUAUGGCUCCCAUUGAGGCAACGCGUGGCUGAAUAGUCAAGGCGACUCUACGACUGCCUGGACAUGAUGAACCAUCAUAUGCCCGCAAUGCCCCAUGGGCAGCCACCCAUGCCUACUCCUCGUCGACAGCAAGAUGUUCCUUACACUGCAGCUCCUCCCAACAUGCGAUCCCCUCCUGCCUACAUGGGGUACCAUCCCCAUAUGAACGGCCACCCUCCCCCGGCCGCAUACUCGCCCCAGCAAUACCCUCAAUGGUACCCACCUUAUCCUGCCAUGCAGCUCCCUCCACGCCCAUACCAACACCCUUACGGACCGAUGUAUGUGUCUGCCUACCCGCCCUCUCAGCCUAUAAUGGCGCCGGCCCAUAUUCCUCCCGUGUCUCUUCCCAUGCAGCCGAGGACCUCCACUCCUUUACAAAGCACCAUGUCUCCGCCUGUCGGACUUCCACCUUUACCCAUAACGACUCAGGCACAGUCUCCCGUCACUGUUCCUGUGCACCCGGCGCCAAGUUCCGCUGUGUCAUCGUCCCCCGCUCCUGCUCCUGCAAAGGUUUCUCCCGAGCCCAGGGAGCCUUUCCGUCCACCGCUACCUUGGCUUUCCGUUCCCGACCACCCUUUCCCUGCUCGGAUCCCGGGCAGACGUAGGAAAAGCCGUCUUCUCCCUACGUCAUCUGUGUCCGUCGAGCUUCCUACCAAGGAGCCUCACCGGGCUGACCAGCACGAGAGACAAACCGAAGUUCAAAGACUGGAGCCGGAACAGUCGCCAUCGGAACCCCAAACACCAACCUUGUCCGCCGCGCCAUCAGUUGCGAAUUCGACACAACCCACAACUCCAUCUUCAGUUGCACAGAACCUCCCUCUGCGUCCUCAGUCGCAGCCCAAGGGAGCCAAACCGACGAUCCCGGUAGUCCCCGUGGUCCCAGUCGUUCCGGCGCCUAGUACUCCUCGUCAGGCUACCAAGGAUGAGUCGAGUCGCUCGUCGGAAAACCCCAAGUCGGUCAGUGGCACAGCUCAGGAGAAGACAAAUGAGGACACUCAGGAGUUGUCCCAGAAUAAGACGGAGGAACCUGUUAAGCAGGCCUCGCCUGCCCCUGCAGCGCCAAAGUCGUGGGCGGAUUUGGUCCGGUCAAAAGCACUCGCUAAAGGAGCAAGUGCUCCCAACGCGUCGCCUGCUGUGUCAAAUGGCGUUAUCAAGCCCAAGAGCGAGUCUCUGGCCGACGUCUUGACGACACUAGGAGACGAUGUGUCACAGUAUAGCGAUAAAGUUGCCUUUCUCCAACCCAGAGGACUCGUGAAUACCGGCAACAUGUGCUACAUGAACUCUGUGCUCCAAAUCUUGGUUUCCUGCGUGCCGUUCUACCAAUUUCUGGAUCAUAUUGGACGGAGGGCGUCCCACAGUUUCAACAGCGACUUUCCAAUGAUCGACGCGUUGAUCAUGUUCAUGAGAGAGUUCCGCAUCAUUGAUGCUGCACACACUGAGGAACAGCUGAAGCUCAGGCUGAAACCAAACGAGCUCGAGGAUUACGGCGAAGCCUUUGUUCCGGAAUUUGUUUACGAGGUUAUCAGGCAAUUGCCACGCUUUAGGGACAUGCGCAGAGGCCAUCAGCAAGAUGCUCAAGAGUUUUUGGGCUUCCUUUUGGAAGAAAUGCACGAAGAGUGCAAUCGUGCCGCCAAAGAUGCCCCUGCAAUUACCUCGGCCUCUGCGAACCCCGAGGCAGAGGUCGCAAAUGAAGAGUCCGGCGAUGGAUGGUUGGAGGUCGGUCACAAGCAGAAGGCUGCUGUUACGCGCUCAUCUGGCCAUAUUGCUUUGGAAUCGCCAAUUACGAAGAUCUUCGGUGGAAAGAUCCGGUCAGAGUUCAGGGUGCCUGGUAACAAGACUUCUGUGACCCUCGAGCCCUACCAGCCACUUCAGCUUGACAUUGGAGCUCCUGAGAUCAACAAUAUUGUUGAUGCUCUCAAAGGACUCACUAAGCCGGAAAGCAUUCAAGGGGACUUCAAUUCUUCCCGCGGUCCCAAUGUUACAGCAACCAAACAGAUCUUCAUUGAAACUAUGCCGCCAGUUCUUAUCCUUCAUCUGAAACGAUUCCAAUACGACAGUGUGACCAGAGGCACCCAGAAGAUCUGGAAAAAGGUUGGAUACCCGCUCGACCUGGAGAUUCCUCGCGAGGUCUUCCCGCCCAACAAGCGCAAUAUCAUGAUGGCGCAGGGUGGCCUGCCCAAGUAUCGCCUCGUCGGCGUCAUCUACCAUCACGGCAAGAACGCUAGUGGCGGCCACUACACCGUCGACGUCCGUCGUCAAGACGGACGUGAAUGGAUCCGUUUGGACGACACUCUUAUUCGUCGGGUUCGGAGUGAGGAUGUUGCGCAGGCCGGGGGCGAGGAAGACCCCAAGGUUCUUGCGGCGGCGCUCGAGCAACACAAGCGUGACGGACCGAAUGCCAACAUCUUUGAUCACAUUGACCAGGACGACUUGGAGCAGUCCGAUAACGAGAGAGGCUGGAGCCAGGUCAACGGCGCCAGCGGCCAUUCAAGUAAGAAAUCAACCUCAGGUGCAGCUUCAGCACCGUCUUCCGGUGUCCGCACUCCUCUUGGACGGUAUGGAUCCCGAGAUAACAAGGUGGCUUACCUGCUAUUCUACCAACGCAUCGAUUGAUUUGGCAUUUUCUGGAGAGAAUCAUUCUCCAGGAGCGACCGGUGAACUAUCGAGACGAGAGAGAAAACCAACAAGCGCAA